AACCUGUGGCAUAGAUGAUGCACUUGCCUGCCACUUAUUAUGAAAAGAAUUUAUGCCAUAACUUAAAUAAAAAAAGCUUUCUCCUUUGUGAAUUCAGAAAUUUCUUCAGACGUAUACAAUCACUGGCAGACACCAAUAAUGUCUCAGCAAGAUGCACAUAUGACUAAUAACGAAGCAGAUGAUGUGCCCAUAACAGUGAGCAAUGGGAAAGAAAAUGAUGAAAGGAAGGAUCGGGAAGGGUCUGCCUCACCACCGGCGACACCACCUCCGGCCGACGAGGAUACUAACGAGAUAAUUUUAGUCAACGAGGAGACCAAGGAACUCGACUUAAAUCACGGCCGUAUAGGCAAGAUCGAGAAUCUUGAACAUUUAAAAAAGCUAGAGAGGUUAUAUUUGAGAUGGAAUUUGAUAAAGAAAAUUGAAGGCUUAGAAAUGUUGCAGUCACUGGUAGAACUGGAAUUGUAUGACAAUCAGAUUGUUGUUAUUGAAAACCUUGAUAGUCUUGUUAAUUUGGAAAUAUUAGACCUAUCAUUCAAUAGGAUAAAAGAGAUAACAGGACUCGAAAAGCUGCUGAACAUCAAGAAAUUAUUCCUCAGCUCAAACAAGAUCACUGAAAUCAAGAAUGUUAAUCAUUUACCAAACCUUGAACUUUUGGAGCUGGGCGAUAAUAGAAUUAGAGAAAUAAAAAACUUGGAAGGUUUGAGGACCCUCAAACAAUUAUAUUUGGGUAAAAAUAAAAUAAGCAAAAUACAAAACCUUGAGGAUUUGACCAACUUGGAGAUACUGGUUCUUCAGGCAAACAGAUUAACUAAAAUUGAAAAUCUCGAACAAUUGAAUAAACUAGAUCAACUCUAUAUCUCAGAGAAUGGUAUAACAGCUAUAGAAAAUUUGGAGAAUCAAACAAAACUUCAGACCUUGGAUCUGGCCGUGAACAGGAUCACUGUUAUAGAAAAUGUUCGGCAUAUGAGUGAUUUGGAGGAGCUAUGGUUAAACGACAAUCAAAUAACAGAAUGGUCAUCGAUAGAAUAUUUGCAACAAAACAACAAAUUAUCCACAAUAUAUUUGGAGAGGAACCCGAUAGCUUCAGAUCCAGCUUACAGAAGGAAAUUGAAGAUAUUGCUUCCAACACUACACCAGAUCGACGCGACACUGUGUAGAUAAGAAUUUUAUUUCUUGGUAUUGGGAUGAGAGACGAUGCGGUAAAAGAAAUAUUAGUCUACUGUUUGUGAUCACUCAUUUGUUCCGUGGAGUCUGUUAAUGUAGAAUUGUUCUUCUUUGAAUUCAUUGACUUCUAAGAUGUGGAUUAUUAUCCAAUUAGAAGUCUUCUAUAAAUCACUUUAUUUUUUUAACAGUACUGCAUUUCAGGCUAUGUAUUAAGUAACAUAGCCUUGCAAUGUAAUACAAUGAAAUAAUUUAAUACAAUGUGUCUUUUAUAUUAAAAUAUAUUGUCUCAGAGGAAUUAAAAUCACUUCGUCUCUUGUCUCUUGUAGUGUAUAUAUAUUUGCACAUGUAAUUUAGUUGGAAUUGUUGAAUUUGAGUUGGAUAAAUGUGCGAUUUUGUGUACUGCUUCAGUGUCAUAGUGGCAGCAUUCUCCGUUUUUGUAUGUUAUAUUAAAAUUAUCUAAAUAAAACAGAGUAAUUUAGUGUAGUUGUCUAAUUGAAAUAUUUAUUGGUAUGAGUCUAUAUCGACGCUUGAAAGGCAAACGUGACUAAGCGACAAUGCGUGAACUUUACAGUAGACUAAUUUAAAGUUAAAAUUAAUUUAAAAUAUACCUGAGAAAUACCUGAAAAAAAUUAUAUUUUAACAAAUGUAGCUGUAGGAUUGAAAUGAUUUUAAUAGACCUAGAAAUAUAUUUUUUUGCGCAUCGAAUAUGGUUAUUGCCUAUCAUUUAUGUACAAAGCAGUUAUUGUCGCUUAGUCACGUUUGCCUUUCAAGCGUCGAUAUGGAUAUUUGUGUUAAUAAGUCACAAAGGAAAUAUCUUAGGUAACAAAUAGAUAAAAAUCAUAUUUAACUUAACAAACAAAAAGUUCCGAUUCUUGAAUUUAUUGUGUGUGUUAAUAAAAAUAUAUGAAACGAAAUAAGUAUUACAUCAACUAUUACAGUUUGACUAAAGCGACAAAUAUGUAUUUUAUUAUUAAACAGGACCACUAUAUUUUAAUUACAAAAAAAAUAACACAAUUUUUGAAGACCAAGCAGUAAGAAUUGAUGAAUUGCCUGUAUGAUCUUUGCUUUGGUAUUAAAAUAAUGAAACAAAAUGUUACAAUCUAUAUCUUUGUUGUCACAUAUAUAUUAGUUAUCAUAAAUACAAAAACUAGUGGUAGGACCUCUUGUGAAUCCGCGCAAGUAGGUACCACUGCCCUGCCUAUUUCUGCCGUGAAGCAGUAAUGCGUUUCGGUUUGAAGGGUGGGGCAGUUGUUGUAACUAUACUUGAGACCUUAGAACUUAUAUCUCAAAGUGGGUGGCGCAUUUACGUUGUAGAUGUCUAUAGGCUCUAGUAACCACUUAGCACAGGUGGACUGUGAGCUUAUCCACCCAUCUAAGCAAUAAAAAAAAAGAUUUUAAUUUAUACAGGACAUACCAUAUUGAAACAAAAUUAUGAUAAUUAAUUUUCACAUUAAGAUCAAUGUUUUAAUAUUAAAUUAAAUUUUGCAGUGAACUUGCCAAGGUAAAACCGUCCUUCCAUGUUUAUAGACAAUGCCUUAACAAAAGACGCCAAAAUCGAAUUAUUUUUGUUCGAAUGUGUACGAUCACCUAUUGCUUUGUGUUGAGCAAUUAACUUGGUGUCCAAGUUAAGAAAGAUUUCUAAAAAUGUUCAUAUCAUUGAUUUGUCUAAGCACAUAUUAACGUAGUAAAUUUUCUGUUGCAUAUUCAUGUAUAAUAGUUUUUGGUAAUUAAAACCUAGUAGCUAUGUAUAAAAAUAAAUCUCAAUUAAUUUUGUAUUUGUUAUUAUACAAAUAGUAAUAGCUAAUGUUGGUACUUUGUAGUUAUGUGUUGAUUUUAAUAUUAUAAUUGAACCUCGAAUUUCCACUAGGAUAGUCAAAGUUACGUACGCUAAGGUAGAGAUGCGUUUUAAGUAACUAAAUUAUUUUAGAAAAAUAGAAAAUUUUAAAAAAUUAUAAUUUAAAUUCUCAUUGAGAGUUUCUUUUAUGAAUUUAACUAAAAAGUAAUUAAGUGGAGCAUUACCUACCUCUUAUAAGACUCAAAUUACCCAAGUGCCUACAUUUACUGUAGCUUAUCCAAUUUUUAACUUUACUCGUAAAAUAUACCCUGUGUCUCUCAUUUUGUAUUGCCCGAGAAGUGCAUGCUUUCGGUACCUAGUUAAACAUUGAUACGUCAUAUUAUGAUUGUGUUUAAAAAAAAUUCGUAAACAGCCUUAAAGGGAGUUUAGCUCCGAAGUAUAUAUUUGUUUAUGUUGAAAAAUAUUAAUAAAGUAGGUACCUAAAAGUUUUUCAAAGAUCAACUCAAAUGUCACAUCCAAAUGUUCUCAAACUCAAAUGUUCUCAUAAAUGUGUAGUUGAAAAUUCGUAUUAUUCUUAUUCUACUAAGUGAGGUCAGAUCAAACCUUUUUAUCUCAUAAUUGACCGCCAGUCGCCAUUUGUUUAUUAUUGGUUAGGUUUUUGUUAUUGAUUUUGAAGGCAAAUGGGCAUGCGGACCCCUGAUGGUAAAUGGUGUUAUGGACUUCAUUGCCAGUGGCACAGCCAAGCCGCUGCCCAACGCCCGUGAUGAAGUAAGACAAUACAACAUUGUAGGUAGUUACCGAAACCUACCGACCUGUUGAAGUCAAACUGUCUGGUGGUCGAGAGGCUGCCAUAAAAGGGAGGGGGUUAGGUAUUGCAGAAUUUUUAACAAUUACGAUUUUUCAUCUUAAACAAACAUUCUUCCCUACAAUCUAUAUAUUUAUUAAAGGAUAUAUGAGUAUAUUUUAAGUGAUCCAAUGAAACCUAUGUAGCUAAUUUACACGUAAUUUUGUGUCACGUAUAGAAUGUGUCUUACUGUAGCACAUAAUUAAAGCAGCAAUUGUUUAUGUAGUUUUAAUAUCAAAUAAAUAAUAUCAAUUGA